AAAAAAAAUGCUCAUACUCAACAUAAAACUACUUAUAUGGACUUCUUUUAUGUUCAUAUAUUUAGUCAAUACAACCACCUUGGCUCAACCCGAAUUCGUUUCCUAUGACUGUGUUGAAGAUUUUAACUAUACAAUAAACAGCACAUAUAGCAGAAAUCUUGACACAACCCUCUCCAGACUACCAAGCACCAAUUCCGGUUUUGGUUUCUUCAACCGGUCCACUGGCCAAGGAAACGAUAGAGUCAACUCAGUCGCCCUAUGUCGAGGUGAUGUCAAUCCAGAUGUUUGUCAAAGUUGUCUAAAUGACUCUAUAGUUAAGUUACGUAGUAUUUGCCCGAACACAAGGGAAGCAAUAGGGUACUACGACUAUUGCAUUUUGAAAUACUCCAACCAAACUAUAUUGCGACAAACUUGGUUCAGGUUUUACGUGUUUUCAGCUGACCCUCAAAAUACUAGUAAUGUGGAUCAGUUCAAUGGAGGUCUAAGACCAUUACUAACUAGCUUGAGAGAGAAGGCUGCGGGUGGUGGACCGUUACUUAAAUUUGCCACAGGGAGCACAAGUGAUGUACCCGAUUUCUUGACUAUAUAUGCGCUUGUUCAGUGUACUCCUGACUUGUCGGAAACGGAUUGCAAUUCGUGUUUGGAGGAUUCGAUAAAUAAGAUUCCCGAUUUUAUGAAUGGGAACACUGGUGGGAACAUUCUUAAACCGAUGUGUAAUUUUAAGUAUCAGGCAUCUCGGUUUUUUAACGAGAGUGUCAGCCCAUCACCACCACCUGUUUUACAACCACCUCCGCCACUUCAACCACCACCGCCGUCACCACCAGGCAAAAAGAAUAAUAUGACAACAAUCAUAGUAGUUAUUGUGGCAGUCAUAACUACCAUAAUGAUCGUUUCACUUUGUAUCUUUCUGAAAUUGAGGAAUAGGAAACCAACUCCCGGACCUCUGUCUAACAAAACUAAUCAGAACGAAACUAAGGAUAUCGGCACUCCUCCAUCUUUACAAUACGACUUUAGUACAAUUAAAGAAGCAACAAAUGAUUUUUCUCAAGAAAAUAAGCUUGGACAAGGUGGAUUCGGAGCAGUUUACAAGGGUACCUUAAGAGAUGGACAAGAGAUAGCUGUAAAACGACUAGCAAGGGAUUCUGAUCAAGGUGAUGUAGAAUUCAAGAAUGAAGUUUUGUUAGUUGCGAAGCUUCAACAUCGUAAUUUGGUGAGGCUGCUUGGUUUCACCAUACAAGGAAGUGAACGGCUUCUCAUUUAUGAGUACUUACCAAAUGCUAGUCUUGAUCACUUUAUAUUUCAUCCAACAAAACGAACAUUUCUUGAUUGGAAAAAACGAUACAACAUCAUUAAAGGGAUUGCGAAGGGGCUAUUAUACCUUCAUGAAGAUUCCCGUUUAAGGAUAAUUCAUCGUGAUAUGAAAGCUAGUAACGUUUUGCUAGAUUCCGAAAUGAACCCUAAAAUUGCAGACUUCGGCAUGGCACGAUUAUUUAAACCAGAGGAAAGUCAAGGUGACACGAGUCGGAUUGUUGGAACCUACGGAUACAUGGCACCAGAAUAUGCUUUGCAUGGCCAAUUCUCAGUAAAAUCAGAUGUGUUUAGCUUUGGAGUGUUAUUACUAGAGAUGGUAACCGGUCAAAAAAAUCAAAGUUUUCGUAAUGGAGAGAGCAUUGAACACCUUCUUAGCUUUGCAUGGAAAAGCUGGAAGAAUGGGACAGCAUCAAACAUGAUCGAUCCUCUAUUGACAACUGGAUCAGGUUCAUUACGUGACAUCAUUAGAAGUAUCCACAUUGGGUUGUUAUGUGUUCAAGAAAAUGAUAUUGAUAGGCCAACCAUGGCUUCCGUUGUUCUAAUGCUUAAUAGCUUUUCAAUCACACUUCCAAUGCCAUCUGAACCUGCAUUUUUCAUGCAUAGUUACACUGAUCCUGAAAUGCCAUUCAUUCAGGAGUUUAGUUCUUCAACGGAGAGGAGUGGUUUAAGAGAAUCCACAAUAUCAAAAUCAAGAUCAAGAUCGUCUGAGUUCUCCGUAAAUGAUGUUUCAAUAUCAGAUUUUCUCCCUAGAUAAGUGUAUAGUUUGAAUGGCAUAUGUUGUGGUAUACUAACAUUAUUUUAGUUUCCAUUAAGAAUUUGAUUUAAUUUACAAUUUGAUGUUGCUUUUUGAGAACAACUAUACACAUUUGGAUGUACUUCUACUAACUUAUAAGGCGUGAAAAUGGU